AUAGUAAUUCUUAUUAAAUAUGAAAAUACUACUUGUAAAGGUGAAAAAUUGUAAAGCAUAAGAAAUAGCUGAUUGAGGUAUAAAUAAUUACCAGCCAUGUACUGCACAUUUUGUUUCAAAUUUUGGAAUUAUUUGCAUAUACAGUGUAGUAAAAUUAAAAGUUACAAAUUCUUAGCACAGUUUAACCCAUAACAGCCUUGUGUAGUCCUAUGGUCACAGUAGUAUGCACAGUAUACACACCUUUUAUGCUGCCCUCACCUUAAAAUCUGGGCUAAAUGGGAGAAUUUAGGUAAAACUAUUUUCUCUUUCAAUCCGUUUUAAAACUUGUUAAAACGUAAUUUUUUUGUGCUUACUUAAUUAUUUUCAGUUUUUAAGUGUUGCCUUAAUCACUUCUGAAACAAAAUUGUUCAUACAUAUUCAUUGGUACCUACUUCAUAGUGGAGGGUUUUAAAUAAGUUUUUAGUGGUGUUGGUGAAACCCUAGAUUUCAAAAUCGAUAAACUUAACGUAAUAUUUCAUUGUGUUCCUUUUGUACACAAAUAGACAUAAGCUGCAAAACUAUGUUCAUUUCAAAUCUCUAGUUCUUCGCGAAGUAAGUUUAAUUCGUGUAAACAAUGUUCAUACAAAAAAGUGAGGUAAUAAAAUAUUUUCAAAAGAAUAUAAAUGAGAAGAAUUUAUGUUCAAAAAUUUUAUUUUCAUUACCAGUACAAACAUGUAUUUUAUGAUUUCCCGAAAAGAAAGAAGAAGGUUUACCAAAUCAGGAAGAGUGGAAAUAAAGAAAAGAGAAUUUUAAGAGUUAACAGUCUUACAUUUCAAGAAUUUAAUGGACACGAAUUACAUUGCACAUUUGAAUCUUUUUAUAACGAAACAAAUUUUCAGUGGUUAUGUUGUAAAACGUUCAUAAAAGUAAAUAAAGCUUUAUUUCUCCUCAUUAAGCAUGCAUCAAAAAUAGAAAAAGAAAGUUAAAACAAGUUUCAAAAACAGAAUCAUUGCUAUGGUUUAUAGCAUUUUACUAAAAAUACAAACGGAUCUAAUUUCAGUUAAAAAUUCUUAGCACUAUGCUAUUAGUGAGAUUUUGUGAUAAGCCAUAUUAAUCAUGUUGGACUUGGCUGGUUCUAGAGAGUUGUGGCUGACAAUCGGUCUAGUGGCCAUACACUCCGCACUAGUAGCCAGAAUUUCAGCUGUCAAUGCUAGAAAUGUUUACAGCUUUAAGGGGAUGGAACCUCCUCACAGAGACCACAACAUGGUGGUGUUUGUGUUGGAUAGAACGAUUUGGCCAUUCCAGGUAGACAAACUAAACAAAUCAUUGGCUAAUUUGAGUGAAAUAAAGGGAUCAGAUCUAGGAAAUUUAACAUUAUACCCAGAAACCCACGCCUGUCUCGAUGCGCUCCAGAAGAUGGGAUACGUUCUAGCAGCUGUCUGCAACUGCAAAGUACCGAGGCUUGCAGAGAACCUGCUUGAUACAUUCGACUUGACUAGAUACUUUGCUUACCAAGUUUGCAGUGAAUGGGAUAAAGUUAGUCAUCUAGAAACCCUUCAUGCACAAUCUGGGGUAGACUUUGAAGACAUGCUUUACUUUGACUAUGACUUGAGAGAGAAUAUACCACUGUUUGAUCUAAACAUCACAUUCUGCCCAGUGGAUGACCGAGGAAUCUCCAUGGCGGUUGUGACCAAGGCUCUGGAGAUAUUCAGCGUCAGAACCACCCUGAAACCUCCCCUGAGUACAACUGCAAAGUUGAAGAACUCAAAUGAUUCUUCAGAGUACUCUCUGGUUAUUGAUUAUAAGAAUUUGGAUUUCAAGAAAGAACUUGUCAACACUGAGGAAAUAUUCAGGGAGUCUUCAUCUGAAGAAGACGAAAACGAAUAACUACUAUUUAUAUAGUUUUACAUUUAGGUCAUCUAUUUAAUAAAAAAUUACAACAUUUUUAUUACAAUUCCUUAAUUA